AUGAACCAGAAAAAGGUGGAAGUGCAAGACGCGUUGGCACACAAUCCAACCGUACAUUUCACAUUCCUACAAUUGAUGAUUGACUACUGUACACUUCGGUUAUUCUUGAGCUACACAGUUUCUGGGCAGGUGUGGCAAACUGGUGAAGCUGCUGAGGGACUUGACCAUGACCCUACCUUGUAUCCAGAUGGGAACAUUUGGCCUCCAGUUCCAGCCAUUCAGUUGCCUCUAGAUGGGUUCAUCAUAAGGCAAACUGGAGACCAGCCGACGAAAGUGUGUUUCAUCAUAUAUCUUGAGCAGACACCAGAGCAGUAUAAAGUGGCUCCAGAUUUGGGUAACGUCUUGGGCAUCAAAGAGGAGAGUCAUGUUGGCAUCAUCCAGGCUAUGUGGAAUUAUAUCAAAAUACACGGCCUGCAAGAUAAAACUGAUUGUCAAAGAAUACAUGCUGACGAUUAUUUGAGACUGAUCUGUGGUGGAGAAGGCAUCAUGUUUCACCAACUGCCAGAGCUAAUACCCCCAGAGCGCCCUUCUGCAUGGGAUAUCGAGAUCAAGAUGGAGGACACCAACUUGAAGAACCCCAUCAUGGUGACAAUGCAGUCAAGUAAAGCCUAUAGCAUAUCCGACCUCACCAAGUCAGAUGACAAGAUCGCGCUGUUAGCACAAUCACUACAUAACUCACACAUGAAGCGGCAAUUCCUUCAAAGUUUCGCCAAUGACCCAGCAAAUUUCAUACAGACGUGGCUGGCGUCGCAGUCUCGCGACUUGGAAAGCAUGCUCGGAAGUGGACCAAGUGAGGGUGCUACUAUCCAUGCUGAGGAGUUGCAUAGGAGUGAUUUCUUCAGGCUACCCUGGGUUAAGGAAGCCGUCGCUGUCUAUGAGGGUAUGUAG